UUCUUCGUCGUCGUCCUCCUCUUUUUCUCUCUCUUUCUUUAAUUUCUAUUCGUAUAAGAAAUGGAUAACCCACACCCCCGUGAAUUGACUUUCUUACCCUCUAGGGACGUCAAAGAAGUGGAUUUCUUCUCAUCAUCAUCAUCAACUGCUGCCGAUCAAGAUCAUACUACUCAUCAUCAUGCUUCAUCCUUCCCUCAUCACCCUGUAAACACUGGGCUGAACUUAACGUGUGAAACUACUGGAAUUUCAACUUCAAAGGGAUCACCUAAUGCCGAUAAUACUGAAUCCGAGAGGAAAAUGGUGGAAGGUGAAUUACGGAGACUGCAAGAAGAGAAUCGAAAGCUGAGAAGUAUGGUGGAUCAGAUCGCCAAAAGCUAUAGCCAACUUCAGGCACAGCUCUUCAUGGCUUUGCAGAAACAAAAGCUUACUCAUCAUCAUCAGAAUACUGGUGUUAAGAGCAAUGGGAUGAUAAGUGGAGAAAAAGCUGUGGAGGGAGAUGGAAGGGCGAAAGUAGAGAUGAAGAAUAACGAUGCUUCGGUAUCCGGUGAUGAAAAGAGAGAAAGAGAGGUAUCAGCAUCAAACAAUAAUGGUAAUAAUGCAGAGGAGGUAAUGUCAAAGAAGCAUGAUGAGAAUGAUGAUGAUAACGAAGGUGAUGAAGAUGGUUUGACUAAGCUUCAUUUGGGAAAACAAGUAGCAGCAUCUGCUACAGAAGAAGACGUCCUUGAGCGAUCUUCUUCUCAGAGUUGGGGAUCAUGCAAGACUCCCAACUUAGAAGAACCCAAGCUUCCUUCUUCUGACCUUCCUUUCAGGAAAGCCAGGGUUUCAGUUCGCGCAAGAUCAGAAGCUCCUCUGAUUAGCGAUGGAUGCCAGUGGAGGAAAUACGGACAAAAAAUGGCUAAGGGUAACCCCAGUCCUCGAGCCUACUAUCGGUGCACCAUGGCUGCUGGAUGCCCAGUUCGGAAGCAGGUUCAAAGAUGCGCAGAGGACAGUACAGUCCUAAUAACAACCUAUGAAGGUAACCACAACCACCCUCUUCCGCCGGCAGCCACCGCCAUGGCCAACACGACUUCAGCCGCAGCAGCCAUGCUACUAUCAGGAUCAACCUCAUCAUCGUCCAAAGAAACCCUAGCAACUUCAGCAGCAGGAGGAUACUUCUCUUCAUCAAUGCCCUACACAUCAAUGGCGACGCUAUCAGCUUCCGCGCCAUUUCCCACCAUCACUCUCGACCUCACACACAACCACCACAACGCACUCCAACUCCACCGUGUGGUCCCUCCUCCCGGUGUUACCUUCCCUCUCCCAUUGCAUGCAGUGACUCCUCCACAUCAGCUUAUAGCAGGGCACCCGUUCUUAAUCUCUCACCACCAGAAGCUGAUGCCUCCUUUGGUUCAUCGACAACAACCACAGGCUUCCAAUAAUUCGCCGUCUAUGGUGGAGACAGUGAGUGCAGCCAUUGCUUUGGAUCCAAACUUCACUGCGGCCGUGGCUGCGGCACUCUCAUCAAUCAUUGGAAGCAGUAACAAUGGUGGAAGUGCUAUUUCUGUGUCACCGAAUGGGUCACCGCAACUUCCUCAGUCAUGUACUACCUACUCUACCAACUAGCUUCUUCCAUUCAACACGACACGUGUCAGUGUCACGACUAUCCUGCAAUUUUAUUUUCUUUAAAUUUCUCAUCAUAAUUAUAUUGCCUAGUUAACUUAAAACCAAGGUAUAUAUGUACAGAAAUUAAAGAGAAGAUUAUUAGGCGCUCUUUCUAUUA